AUGGCUAGAAAAAGCAAGCUUAAGGCACUCUUACAAAAUUACACGACCAAGGUAAAAGCGAACGAGCUGCUGGCCGAAAAAGAGGCCCGAAGAAAUCAGCUCGCUAGUGGAAAAAAACCCAGCCAGAAGCUAGGUAAGCAUGCACCCGAGAGCGCCCUGUCCCCCACAUGGAUCCCGUUUGCGGACAGAGACAAUGUGGUGCUCAUUGGCGAGGGCGAUUUCAGCUUUGCCGUUUCGUGCUUGGACGAAAACUACGUAAACUCGCUGUGUGCUACUAGUCUAGAUUCAAGGGCGCAGGUGGAGGAAAAGUACGAUGACGGAAAAACCCACCUGGACUUUCUGUCUGGUGACGAGCGUGCAUCGGUUCUGCAUGACGUGGAUGGGACUUGCCUGACUGCUAGCAAGUCGCUGGCCAAGUAUUUGAGCACGCCUCUGCCGGAAAACGGCAGGUUUGUUUUUGUGUUCAACUUCCCGCAUCUUGGCAACUCCGUAGCAGACCAGGACCGCAACAUCCGCCAGCACCAGCAGCUGCUGGCCGACUUCUUUGCCCAAGUCCGCCUAAUUGCACCGAAUGCUGCAUGUGCGGCUGGAAGUUAG